UAUCGAUUAGAGAUCGUUUCAAAAACGCCGUGAUCUAGUCCAAAGUGCUGGUUAUGUUUGGAAGUUCGGUUUUCGAAAAGUUCGAAGUUGGACAUAGAAUAUGGCUAAUAAUUUACUGAAAAUUGGAUUUAUCGGAGGAGGAAAGAUGGCUCAAGCUAUGGCCAAAGGUUUUAUAUCAGCAGGACUCUCCAAGGGAGAAUCGAUGAUUUCCAGUUGCCACCCUUCUGACCUAGCCUCAGCCAAAGCCUUCAAAGAACUUGGAGCAGAGUCCAUAUUCGAAAAUGUCCCCGUUGUGGAAAAAUCCGAUGUUGUCAUAGUAUCUGUGAAGCCCUCGAUAGUACCUAUCGCAUUAGGGGACAUAAAGAAAGCUCCCAAUGUCAAUGCUGAUAAAUUAUUCCUGUCUAUUGCUAUGGGAGUCACUAUCAAGCAGUUAGAACAGUGCCUUCCAAAUCAAUCUCGUGUCAUGCGAGUUAUGCCAAACACACCAGCCUUGGUUAGAAGUGGAGCUUCCGUAUUUGUAAGAGGGGUCAAAACCACUGAAGAUGAUGUCAAAAUAACUAAAAAAUUGUUGGAUUCCAUCGGUACCUCGGAAGAGGUACCAGAAAGUCUGAUGAACGCCAUAACAGCUUUGAGUGGAUCUGGUCCAGCUUACAUAUUUGUGCUGAUCGAAGCAUUGGCCGAUGGAGGAGUAAAAAUGGGUCUCCCCAGAGAUCUGGCCUACAGGUUGGCGUCGCAGACUGUUUAUGGUUCAGCUCAGAUGGUUAGAGAUACCAACACACAUCCUGGUAUUCUGAAAGACAACGUGACUUCACCUGCUGGCUCAACAGCCGCUGGAUUGCAUUAUUUGGAAGAUAAGGGUUUCAGAAGUGCACUAAUUGGGGCGAUUCAAGCUGCAACUGAGAGAUGUCAACAAGUAUCUGGUUCAUGAAAUGCAGGGGUCAAUGAUUAUAGUGUUUUUUACGAAUUAAUUCUUGUUGAAAUUGAUUGAUGUGUCAUAACUAAUGUAACCGAGAACCGCAAGCGUUAAGAUGCAUUUUAGUCCUGCUAAACGAAUGUUUUUCUUAUGGAAACAAUAUUAUGCAUUAAUAAUUUGUUCAAUUGUGUCACUUUGAGUAGUACCUUUUUUUCUCUUCUCAGAUAACUGGGUACUUUGGAAAUUCACUUGACUGAAAAUUGGUCUUAAUGCUUGUUAAUUGAAAUAAACAACUGAUUAGGUAGAAUAAAACAAACUGGGAAAUAAAAAUAGGACACUUUUUCAGUGAGCCUUAUCCAGUAAUAAAUGAAAUGUAGGUUUCUUUUACCUAUUCUUCCGAAGUGAUGAUUUAUCAGACUAAUUGUUCAUUAUAGUUAGACAAUAAGGUAAGAAAUUACUGAAUUAGGUAUAUGCCAAACUUCAAUUUUAGCUUCGAAUUUCAGUUAAAACCUUGAAAAAUAUAUGUUUAUAUGUAGUCAGCAUAAAACUAAAGAAAUAUUGGAUUUGUAGGUGAUCGUGAAAAUUUGUUCAACAGUAAAAUUGAAAUACACGUAGUUUUCCAA